AUGAUAUUGCACCGUGUGGCUAAGGAGAAUUACAACCUACUGUACAGCAUUGGUUUGACUGGAUAUGGCGUCGGAAUGGUUCUUGUACCGCUCUUUGCUGAAUUCUUACGUCAAGCAUACGGGUGGAGAGGUGGACUGCUCAUCAUAAGCGCGCUGAUGGCUAAUAUUAUCCCAGUUGGCAUGGCAAUUAAGUUUGAAUCACAUAAGAAUAGCAGACAGAGAAAUGGUUUUCAGAGUGUUCCAAGUUCGCCUCAGGGGUGUAACGAAGGAACAGAAUCGAACAGUAGCACCAGUCAGGACACAAAGGGGGACAGCAGCGACGAGAUUGGAGUUGUUCGUACGAUCGCCAACAGCCUUCGUCAAUCUGAUUUUUACAUGGAUCCUGUGUUCAAUGUGGUAUUUGGUGUUACUUUCGUGUAUAAUAUGGUUUGGAGCGGUUGGCACUCCUUUCUUGUACCGCAUGCUCUGCAGAGGGGGAUCUCUGUCCGGAACACCAUUAUCAUCACUUUCGCAGCUGCAAUAGGGAAUACCUUCAGCAGGGUUGCUGCAGGUUUCCUUACCAACAGCCUCGUCAAACCUGUCACCCUCUUUCUCUUCGCUACAAUCUUGAACAUCGCCGCUAUUCUAUGCGAUGUGUAUUUUGACAACUACUACGCCAUGUUGGUGACGACAUGUAUCUCCGCAAUGUCAAUUGGAGGUCGGUCGGUGUUAAAUCAGCUGGUUGUGAGGGAUAGAGCGUCUCCCGAGAAGUUUGAUGUCGCGUAUGCAGUUGACCAACUAUCUGUCGGAUUCGGGUUGUUUCUUGGUGGUUAUUUAUGUGGCAUGAUUGCGGAUCACUUCUCGUCUUACGACGCAACGUUCAAACUAUUAGCUUGUAUCGACGUCAUCGUUCUCCUCCUCAUAGUCCUUGUGAGAUACAGACCGAAAUCGAACCCCGCCUGA